GGAAAAGGUAUGACCUUUUCUCGUUUAGCGCUGACGUGACAGUUGAUUUGUUUGAUUAAACUAAAAUAAAUAAAUAGGCGCAUAUAAAAUACCCAUUACGGCGGAAUCAAUCAAUCAAAGCAGGCGCCGGAAUCGAAGAAGCUGCCCGCGAACGUGGAAGUAGCACGGAGAGAGCGAGCGGAGCGGGUCGACAGUGAGAGUGAGCGAACGCGAGAGAAACUUGGGACUCCACGGGUGAAAUUUCGUGGUUUUGUGGAGCUGCCGAGGCGCCCUCCCUAUAUAACCAACAACCCCCUCAGCAUCCCCCCGCUGGCAAGAUGCUGUGUAUACAAUAUUAGCGAUUAUCGAAAGCAUACGCACACACGAGCGCACCUGGGGAAAGAGCAGGAGACCGUCCAGGAGGAGACGGUGGAGGUGCGAGAGAGCAGAGCAGCAGAAGUAGCAGGCAGCAGCAGAGCAGAGCAGCGUAUGUGCCGGCAUCCGAAAAAAACACUAUUUAAUAUUGAAGCUUUUGUAAACAAUUCGCUGUGGUCUGGAGAACAAGGUCAAACACACACACGGCAAGUUGGUGAAUAAGUUUCGCUGCGAAGUGCCUGCCAGUAGAACCGUGCAACUUGUAAUGGCAACAACAACGACGACGGCCAGGAGAGCCGGCACCGAGGAGGAGGAGGACCCCACCACCACCACCACUACCACCUCCCAGCUGUUGCCCAACGGAAAUCCCACCACUACAAAUGGAAAGGCAGGCGGCGGCAGCGGAGGAGGAGCAGUGAGCAAAGGGCAGGAAAUCGGAACAGGUGCAGGUUCAGGCAUAGGACCAACAGGAUAUCCACCCACAUCCGGCACCUUUAUGAAACUGAAAACCUAUCUCCUAGCUUUGCGUCCCUGGUCGUUAUCCGCCAGCUUGGUACCAACGCUCCUUGGAUCCGCACUGGCCUAUCGCUCCCAAUGGGCUGCGGAGUUCUCGCUGGCCACCUUCUUCCUCACCGCCUUUACCGUGGUCACCGUUCACUGUGCUGGCAAUGUGGUCAACACCUACUUCGACUUCAUCAAGGGCAUUGACAAGCAAAAGGCCGACGAUCGUACGCUGGUGGAUCACAUACUCACCAAGGAUGAGGUGGUUUCGCUGGGUGCCAUUCUCUACAUGGCCGGCUGCGGUGGAUUCGUUCUGCUGGCGGUGCUCAGUCCAGCGAAAAUGGAGCAUUUGGCGCUGAUUUACUUUGGCGGAUUAUCGUCGAGCUUCCUGUACACAGGCGGCAUUGGUUUCAAGUAUAUCGCCUUGGGUGAUCUGGUGAUACUGAUACUGUUUGGACCCAUCUCAGUGCUAUUCGCGUUUAUGUCCCAAACGGGUCACUUGGACUGGACGACAAUGGGCUAUGCCAUUCCAUUGGCCCUCAACACGGAGGCGAUUCUGCAUAGUAACAAUACCAGAGAUGCUGAUAAUGAUCGUCGGGCUGGCAUCGUCACAUUGGCAAUAUUAAUAGGACGCACUGCCUCGCAUGUACUGUACGCUAUGCUCCUCUUUGCCCCCUAUUCGCUCUUCUUUAUCUUUGGGCUAAAGUACUCGCUGUGGUUCCUGCUGCCACUGGUGACCCUGCCGCAAGCCUUUCAGAUUGAGAAGCGUUUCCGGAACGAGCAGACGAUGCAUCUGGUGCCGCGGCAAACGGCCAAGCUGAACUUCUUCUUCGGCAUCCUGUACAUCGUGGCCUGUUGCUGUGCCCAGCAGUUGCCAACCUUUGGAUUCCGGAAGCAUUGAGCCGGGAUGAGAGCAUAUGGUGAAUAAUAUAUAGAUCAGAAAAAAGGAAUAGAGGGAAACUGGUGCAACAAGUUUUUUAGGGAAUUUCAUUAGUUAUUAGUCAAUCGAUGUCUGUAGUGCGGAAGCUGUCAAUUUUCCCAGAGUUUUUGAUGUUGCACAAAAAUGUGAAAUGCUUGAUAGUCGCUCGUUAGUGUCUAAACUUUUGAACUGAACAUAUCCUAGCCCUAUAUAUAUAUUCUAAUCCUUGGGUGGGUCGAUACAUUUGACGCGGACUCUAUGGAUGAUAUAUGAAAGAUGCUUUGCAAUCAAGAAACUGUGGGUUCUAAUAUUAGAAUAUUAUUCUAAAUUGAGCCUGCAGUUUGUUUGUUACAGAAUAUCUUUGCAUUGUCCAUGAACUUCCUACCUCUUCUACAAAAAAGACCCACUAAAAAACCACUCGUUUUUAUUUAUUUCACAUCGUCACAAUCUCUAAUCUUAACCGUUCACCGACGACUCAAUGUAAUUGUAAUUAAUAAUCAUACUCUUCCGCUCGCGCGUUGGGAAUAUUACGGACCAAGCAAAGUUAUGUGCAAAAAGAGCAGUGUAAUCGGUAAUAGCUAAUGCGGACACAGUUUUUUAUAUUAUUCUGAAAUAUAAACCAUAUACACAUAUGCAGCAGAGAUACUUAAGUUUUCGCUAAUCAAAAUGCAGAUUUACUUUACAAAAUGAUAAAAGUGCUUGAAAUGCAGCUAAGUUGAUAGUUUUUUGGCAAUGCUUAGCUGGCUUGCUUUUUGUGUGACAAUUGUUAGAGUUUUUACAUACAUAUAUAUAUAUAUUAUAUACACGAUCAUAUGCAUAUAUAUUUAUAUACACAUCUAGAUCAUAUACAUAAGCCCAGUGUGUCUAGCGGCAGGCUCAAGAGUGAGAAUAUAUCAAAGCGAAACAUCAAGAAACAAAACGAAAUGCAAAUUGAAAUUUUUAAAGCGAAUUAUUAUAUACGUAGGGAUGUCAAAGCUGAGGAGCAACAAUUGUUUUCCAUUAACAAUACCGUAUGAAUAUAAACAAAUAGCUUUAAAUAACAAAAAUCAGAAGAGGAAAUAGGAGAAGCAAGCAAACCCAUUCGCAUUCAAUAAUUCAUUUUGUUACUGAAACAUUUUUGUGUGGCAAUACUUUUAUUUGUACGCUAGGUUUUUUUUAUGUAUAUUGUCUAAGCUAAUCAAAUCCAUCGGCUCAUUCAUUCAACAUAUUUGAUAUAUACAUAUAUAUAUUUGUACGAUUUAGUGCUGAGUUUGCUUAGCCCAAAAAAGAAAAUGCUUUUUGUUGAAAUCGCUGAGGAGCAACCGAAUGAAACUAAGUGACAACUUUGUAGACUACAAAUCAACCACAACAAUAAUAAUUAUAAUGAUAUUGAUAAUUAAAUGUUUAACUAGAGAAUAUAAAAAAUAUGAAGUGUGUAAUAUAUACUGGAUGUAUAUUUUAUUGAAGUGGAAGAACAUGGAACGUGCCUUAACCAAUAACCAGCUACCAACAUGAUGUCGUAUGGCUUUACAGCUGCUGUGGCUCCCUCCAGUGGUAUCUCCUCCGGC